AUGUUUGCGGGAUUACUUACAUUCUUUCUUGGCAUAUCAGCCGCUCAGAGUGCCAACAAUGUAGGAUCCGAGGCCGCAGCAAUUCGAACUUACUUCUACAUUGGCGGUGGAUACAGCGACGAUGGAAAUGGUGGGCACAUCUUCAAAGAUCAGAUGUAUGUGGAGAAACUAUCGCCUCCUUCGACACGACAUAAUAAAUACCAUCCAAUCGUCCUCAUUCACGGACAAGGCCAGACUGGAACCAACUUUCUAAACAAACCUGACGGAGGGAAAUCUUGGACUGCGCAAUUCAUCGAGGCUGGCUACACAGUCUACAUUGUCGACCAGACCUUCCGCGGACGCUCAGCAUGGGCACCUCGCGAUGGAGCCUUAGCACCAUCUACGUACUCUGCAGAACGCAUUCAAGAACGUUUCACUGCUCCUCGGAAUUACGAUCUCUGGCCGCAAGCUAAGCUGCAUACACAAUGGCCCGGAACAGGAGUGAUGGGUGAUUCGAUCUUCGAUACGUUCUAUUCAUCCAACGUACAAUUCAUCUCAAACGCUACAUACCAACAACAGACAGUACAAUCCGCCGGAUCUGACUUGCUAGACUUGAUUGGAAAGCCGGCUUGGUUGCUUGGACACAGCCAAGGAGGACUUAUGCCUUUGCUCAUUGCGGACGCUCGACCCAAUCUCACAAAAGGUCUCAUUCUCCUCGAGCCGACUGGCCCGCCAUUCCAGGAAGCAGUCUUCGGCUCAGGAUCGGCGCGAAAGUGGGGUUUGACAGACAUACCGUUGAAUUACGAACCGACCGUUGUAGACCCACUCGCAGACUUGGUGAGACAAGUGGUUCUGCCGGCAAACAUCACCAGCAACAAUACCAACAACGCAACUGUUCCCUGUGUCCUGCAAUCAAAUGUCCCAGCACCAAAGCAGCUUCCUAAUCUGUCACCAUUACCAAUUCUCACAGUCACAGGGGAGGCGAGCUACCACGCGCCCUAUGAUUAUUGCACAGUGGAGUACUUGAAGCAGGCAGGUUGCACGAAGGCGGAGCAUCUGGAACUUGGAAAAGCAGGAAUUCAUGGAAAUGGACAUAUGAUGUUCAUGGAGAAGAACAGCGAGGAGAUCUGGGAACGUUUGCACCAGUGGAUGGAAGGAGGCAGUCAACUGUGA